CACUUUGCAUAUAAGCAAUUCUGCUCUCAUCACUUACUCACUCACUCACUCACUCUCACUCUUUGGCCAUGGCUCCCUUAGUGUUUUUUGGUCUAGUCAUGGUGUUAUUGGGAGCCUUGAUGACUACUCAUCAUCAGGCUGAGGCUGCUCGAGCAUUUUUUGUGUUCGGUGACUCUCUUGUUGACAAUGGCAACAAUAAUUUUCUGGCCACUCAAGCCAGGGCCGAUGCUCCUCCUUAUGGUGUUGACUACCCUACUCAUCGCCCCACUGGCCGUUUCUCCAAUGGCUACAACAUUCCUGACUUUAUCAGUCAGAAAAUUGGUUCAGAACCCACAUUGCCUUACUUGAGUCCAGAGCUCACUGGUCAAAAGCUACUUGUUGGUGCAAACUUCGCCUCUGCUGGUAUUGGAAUACUAAACGACACUGGUAUUCAGUUUAUAAACAUAAUCAGAAUGUACAGACAAUACCAGUACUUCCAACACUACCAGCAAAGAGUGGCUGCCCUUAUCGGUGAAGCUCAGGCUAAGCAACUGGUUAACGAAGCACUUGUUCUAAUCACUGUUGGUGGCAAUGACUUUGUCAACAACUAUUACUUGGUGCCUUUUUCAGCUAGAUCUCGCCAAUAUGCUCUACCUGACUAUGUCACAUAUCUCAUCUCUGAGUACAGAAAGCUUCUUUUGCAACUGUAUGAUCUCGGAGCCCGGAGGGUUUUGGUGACUGGAACUGGACCACUGGGGUGUGUCCCAGCAGAACUAGCCAUGAGAGGCAGACAUGGCCAAUGCUCAACUGAGCUCCAAAGAGCAGCAGGGUUGUUCAACCCCCAGCUUAUUGACAUGGUUAAGGGAAUCAACAGUGAAAUUGGUUCUGACAUCUUUGUUGCUGUCAAUACACAACAAACUCAUUAUAAUUUCAUCAACAACCCUCAAGCAUUUGGAUUUGUGACAGCAAAGAUAGCAUGCUGUGGACAAGGGCCUUAUAAUGGGUUAGGGCUUUGCACUGCUGCCUCUAAUCUGUGCCCUAACAGAGACAUUUAUGCCUUUUGGGAUGCAUUUCAUCCAACUGAGAGGGCUAACAGUAUGAUUGUUGAGCAGAUUCACACUGGCUCUACUGAGUACAUGUAUCCCAUGAAUCUCAGCACUAUUAUGGCUUUGGAUUCUAGGGUUUGAUGACGAUGAUGAUGAUGAUGAUGAUCUUGAUUUCGAUGAUCAAACUCUACCACUUGACUACUUUUGAUUAUUGAUCACUAUAUAUAUGUUUCAAUCACUUUGUUUCGACUAUUAUUAUUAGUAAGUACGUACGUACGUAGUGCAUAUAUGCAAUUAAUAAUUA